AUGACCAAUCAAGAACGCAGUGACGAUGUCGGUGUUGAUGAUAACAACGAUAAUGACGGCGAGGACAAAGAAGCUACUAAAACAGAAAAUAAAGAGAAUCCAAAUCCCGCAUGCAAGAAAAAAUGUAGACAGUGUCGAAGAUGUUCUGGACAUCAAAAUGACUGUCCUGAAUGUAGUAAUGUGGGCAUCUUGUUCAUUACACACGUCAUUGCAGCAGGGAUUGGUGCAGGAAUUUUAUACUUCAUGCAGUUUAUCAGGGAGUAUCGAAGAAAAAGAACCGAAGAACCUAAACCGGAAAGUAAUGAAGGUAUGAUCAACGCAUCUUACGGACACACGAGAGGAACUGACAAUCUACAGAUGUCCACCGUCAGCCAUCAGGAAGAAGGUAUCUACAGUGACGUGGCCGACAAUACUCACUCUAUUGUGUUUGACAAAACCACCUCUAAUUGUUCAACGGGAAGUGCGUUAAACGACAGGAAACACUCCAAACUACCAGAUAUACCUCACGACGCGGAGAGAGACGAAGAGUACUUGCUUCCACAAAAUCCAAAAGAUUCUUUGUUGUCAGAUACACACACUCAUUCUUUAAAAAAACUGAAGACAUCAACAUCAGGUCUGCAGGAGGAACUGCUAUUGAAAGACGUCAAUGAGUUAAAUCAAGAAACAGAACGUGAUAAAAUCCUGCAGGAUACGUUUGUGGCAGAUAGUGGACAUGCCGACUAUUUUGUUCUACAGAAAGCAGAUGAUACAUGUAUGAAUCUCAAGUAAUGAUGCUUUAUACGACGGCAAUAUUUCGUACUUUGUAAAUGUUGAUAUAACUCAUAAGACACACUAUAUCUAAAAUGUCAAAGGACAAUGCCGUGAGUUGUUUCGAGCAUCAUUUAGUCUUUAAGCAAAGCAUUUGUUAAUUUAAGAUGUAUCAAUGACAAAAGGGUAAAAUCAAUUUAAAUUCCAGCAUUCAAUCACAAUUCGCCAAGAAGUGUAGUCAUUCUCAAUAUCAUUUCUGUAUUCGUAUUUCAAAAUCACUUCCGAAGAUUUUGGUGAAUUUUAAUGUUAUUUAAUUUUUGGCAUUUAAAAAGAAGUGGCAUAUCCAUGGUUUUAAAUACUGAACGAACAACGAAGAAUAUUUAAUCCAACAAAAUUUAGUUUCAGUACAAUGGCGCAGCCUCAAAUAUAACGAAACUAGUCGCUGAUUGGUUGGAAGAAGCUUAUCUGCUACAAAACAGCAAAUGUCUGGCCUCCUCAUUCCCCCGACUGGAACCCGUUUUAGAUUUUCAUUUGGGAGAUCUUGAGCACAAAGUAUAAAAAAACCCAGUUCAGAUAAAUUAAACGAACAUUUGCAAAUAUUAGCUGCAAUUAUUUAAAUGUAAAUAGAAAUAUUUGAGCCAUUGUGGUCGGGAACUUCAAGGAGCACAUUGACAUAGUUAUUUCCAAGAAAUGAUGUCAUUUGCAACACUUCUGAAUUUGUAUUAUUUUGUUUGCAUAUUUGCAAUCAUUUGCUUAUUCAUUGUUGAAAUCAUAUGGUUAUCGACAUAUAAGUAAUAAAAUUCAUGAUUUAGUAUAUUUAAACUACGUAAGCAUUUACUGUCUGUAUUCCGUCUUUAAAAAAUCAUCAAUAUACGCUUGAAAUAAUAUAAGAUUCUGUGGAACACACAAGAUAGAAUAAGUCAAAAUCGGAACACUGCGAUGGAAUGAUAGACAACUGAACGAUUAAUUUUUUUUUUCAUAAAUCUUGCUUCAUCAAAUUAUAAGUGUCUGCAAAUUAAGAGGUUCAAUUCAAAAGUAAAGAACAUGUUACAAGAGAUUGAAAUUUUGACUUGAGUAUGAGUUUGUUAAAUGAUCUUGGGGCCUGGACUUUAAUAGAUAAUACGGAAUACCCGUACAACCCCUGAAACGUUCUUCUUUCCCACUUGAACGGUGAGCGAACUGUGAGCGCAUGGUGAACGCAUGCAGAGCGAACGGUGAAUGUACUCAGAGCAAACGCAGAGCGAACGGUGAACGCAAGCAGGGCGAGCACCGAGCGCAAUUUGAUGAACGGUGAGCGAACGCAGAAUGCGAACGGAGCACAAACGCGAACACAUUGUGAACGGUGAUCGCAUGGUGAACACAAUACUAACUAUUCAUUCGGAAUGAUUCGGAUGUUUUCCCUUUGAUUGUACUUUUUCCAUGAUCCGGUAAGAAAAACGAUAUAUAGAUUUAAUCAAUGAAUAAAUGAUCAAAUAUACCAGAAUCUGGAAACUGCAUGUUCUACAGUUAUGAAUACAUUCAGUCUAAACAAAACAUAGUGCAUUUUUGCAAAAGUACCGACUGUAUUUUUGUCAUGAAGGGAUCGCAAAUUUCACAUCAAUUCAAGCAGUAAUCAUGCAGAAACAAAAAGCACAUUUCAUGUGUACAUUGUUUGCGGUAUUACAUGUACACGUACAGAUACAUGUACAUGUAUACAUGGAAAAGCAGAGGAAAUGCAUAUUUCGAAUCAUAUUCUAUAGUAUUUAGAAUGCUUGACCUUUUCCUGAUAAAUCAUGAAUAUUGAUGCGUCAUCUCCGGAUACUAUUACAUUUUGACGAAUAAUACAUGGUAUUUACUUUUUCAAUGCACAGUGUAUGUGAAAAAAAUAAGACUAUAGGCCUACUCUAGUAAUUAGCACUCUAGUAACAUCCAGAAUGUAGAGGUGUUCGUGUAUGGCUUCAAACUUUACGAGCUUGGUCGUUGGGAUAUAUGUAAUUAACAAACCCUCACGAAGUGGGUCAAGAUAUAUGCAUUGAAAAAAAAAACACGGACUGUAUAGGCACCCCAUGCCAACACAUUUACACUCCUAAACUGUAUUUAAAAGUUUUUCGCACCUAAAAUUAAACAUUCAGAUUUGAUGUCAUUCACUUUAUCGGAACUAUAUCUACCCGAAACUAUAAUCUCAGAAUUUAUGUAAGUACAUUUUACAAAAUUCAUUACUAUCGUUAUUAGUGACUGUACAAGAUAUCAGGGCUUACAUCCAGGUUGAGUUAGACAUAAGGCAUUUUAGAAUAUAUAUUAGUCUACAAUAUCUUAUUUCUAAAUCACAAGUUGGUUUACGAUUCUAAUCGUCGAUUUGAAAACAGUAUAACCAAAUAACCGUUAUAUUUCUCCAUAAAUAUCUUUUUCAUUCAAAUACUUGUUUUAUUAAUGUUAAUCAAUCUCCAAUUCGCCCCGGUAAUUCGCUGAUGACUGUUGACAUGUUGUUAAACCCUCCGGGUUAAAUGUAUAUAUAGUCUAUUAUUGUAUUUAUUCAUUAUCAAAAUUGUGAUAUAUAUUUAUAUGAAUUACUUGUGCAUGGGUGAAUAUUUUUUUCUAAUGAUUGUUUAAUAUGUUCUCUAUGUUAUGUUAAUAACGAAUAAGAAAAAUAAAACUUGGUAUUAG